AAUUUGAUAGGAAUACGAUAUAUUUCAAAACGCUUAAAACGACAUCGUUUGGGAAAACUGCUAAGAACUCCAAUGAAUUACUAGUAUUAGGGUUUAUCAAAAAGAGAGAAAGAAAGAGAAAAUGGGAGGCAAGGGAAGGAAAAGGAGAGAGAAGAACUACAAGGCUGCUCACGGUGGCGCCACCGCCCUCCCUCCACCGCCUAAAUCCUCUCAACUCGAUGCUCUUCCCUUCAAACUUCGCCAAAUCAUCUCUUUCUCUAAAAACCAAAACGAUUCUUCUGGCUUAUCAAAGAAAUUAGAUGGUGGAGAGGCUCAAAAGGUGGAUACUAAGGUGGAUACUAGUGCACCAUUGAAGGCACGUCAACCCAGUGAUGAACAGCCUAGUGGAAAUGAUGAUAAGAAUAAGAAAAAAAGAAAGAGGAAGGAGGUUAAAGAUCUCCGGUUUGCAAUGGGUGAGGAUAAAACGAAUGCACAGUUAAAGAAAAAGGAACGCAAAAAGAAGUAUGAAGCGAAAAAGAAGAAGCACAAAAAGGUUGAAGAAGAUGAAUUUUUGGACUUUCCUGGAAAAGAAAAAAUAAAAUUUGGAGAUAUUGUACAAGCCCCACCGAAGUUAUCUUUCAUUCCAAAAGGAGUCAAGAUUUCACAGGAUGCUUCUCAUGAGAGACUUAGACUCCGAGCUAUUGAAGAAUACAGGAGUCGCAAAGCAUGGACAUCAAGACCAGGAAAUCACCGCCCACCUCCGGUGACUACAUCGGACCCUUAAAUUGUAUGCACCAUGUUCUUAAGGAUACUCUGCUUAACCAAGGGAGUUUUCUGAACAAAUAAGAGAAAUUCAACACGGCUCUUUGAUACUGUCCUCCUGGAAGGUGGGUUUUUCUUCAUUCAGAAGUAACUUACAUGUUCUUUAUAGAAAGUAUGACCAAAUGAUAUACUUGCACUUGUGCUGAAGUCAUUAGUUACAUUCAGUUUGAUCCAUGAAAAGUUGACGUCUGAGUUAUUAGAUUGGUUAAAGUUUUGUUAAAAUAAGAGAAAAAUAUCGACUCAAAAUGACGCCGCUGUUUGUAUUUGUGUCUCUAAGUAUUCUUUAAUUUAUGUUUUCCUUGCUCUCAAAUUUGUAUUUGGAAAUAUAUAGACUAUUGAGAUAUAAAGUAAAGUAAAGAUUAUGGCA